GCUUCUCGCUGCGGAUUGUUUGUUGUCAUCAAGAUGGAGUUCUUGUUGGGGAAUCCGUUCAGUACUCCCGUUGGCCAGUGCAUUGAGAAAGCCACCGAUGGCUCCCUGCAGAAUGAGGACUGGACGCUGAACAUGGAGAUUUGUGACAUUAUUAACGAGACAGAGGAAGGGCCUAAAGAUGCCAUCCGCGCCAUCAAGAAAAGGCUGAAUGGCAACCGAAACUUUCGGGAAGUGAUGUUGGCUCUGACUGUGCUGGAGACUUGUGUGAAGAAUUGCGGCCAUCGCUUCCAUGUGCUAGUGGCCACCCGUGACUUUAUCGAUGGCAUACUGGUGAAGAUCAUCUCUCCAAAAAACAAUCCCCCUUCCAUAGUGCAGGACAAAGUGCUGGCACUGAUUCAAGCCUGGGCAGAUGCAUUCAGGAGCAGUCCAGACCUGACAGGAGUUGUCCACAUUUAUGAGGAGCUGAAGAGGAAAGGCAUCGAGUUCCCCAUGGCAGACCUUGACGCUCUGUCACCCAUACACACACCCCAGAGAGGAGUUCCAGAGGUGGAUCCAGCUUCACAUAAGUAUAAAGCACCUCCUCAGCCCAAACCAGCAUCCCAAACACCUCAGAAGGCUGCUGCUGCCCCAACUACUGACUUCAGCACUGCACCGAUCCCCAGCAUUACUGGGCCCAUCUCAGUCAACCCGGAACAGAUUGCCAGGCUGAGGAGUGAGCUAGACAUUGUGCGUGGGAACUGCAAAGUGAUGUCAGAGAUGCUGACCGAAAUGGUGCCAGGACAAGAGGAGGCUUCUGACCUUGAACUCCUCCAGGAGUUAAACAGGACGUGCCGGGCCAUGCAGCAGAGGGUAGUGGAGCUCAUCUCCCGCGUCUCCAAUGAGGAGGUCACAGAGGAGCUGCUGCACGUCAAUGAUGACUUAAACAACAUCUUCCUGCGAUACGAGAGAUAUGAGAGAUACAGAGUGGGCCGAGUAGCACAAAAUAACGGGGUGUUGAAUGAGGCUUCUGAAGAGGAUAAUCUGAUCGAUCUAGGUCCUGGCUCUCCGGCUGUGGUCAGUCCUCGGGUCAGUGCUGCAGCCACCCCAACGCCGUCUGCCAGCCAGACGCCGCCUGCUGCUGCCGCCACCUCCCUCUCCACACAGCUCGCAGGACUGAAUAUAGAGGCAGAGAGUGUGAGUGGAACUUUGAGCUCACUAUCUACCCGCAACCCUCAUGACGACUUUGACAUGUUUGCCCAGACCAGAACCAGCUCUCUUGCUGAGCAACGCAAAAACGUGAAAUAUGAAGACCCACAGGCUCUCGGUGGCCUGGCAUCCGCUUUGGACAUCCGACAGCAGAAUGCUGCCGGGCUGAGUGUAAAAGGUGAUAACGCAGAAAUGGAGCCCAUAGACAGCUGGCUCAUUACCCAAGGAAUGAUUCCUGUAUCGCAGUCCUCUGUCAUGGAUGACAUUGAGGAGUGGCUCUGUACUGAUGUGAAAGGUGAUAAGGCUGAGGAGGGGGUCACUAGUGAAGAGUUCGACAAAUUCCUAGAAGAGCGGGCCAAGGCUGCUGAUGCUGCUUUACCAUUGCCCCCCAGAGGAGAGCACAACCCUCCCGUAAGUGCGCCUAGCAGCAGCCGCAAGAAGGCAGAGCGGACUGAGGACACCCUCUUUGCCUUAUAGAGUGCAGAUGUUGGAGAUAAGCUUCACCUACUGGAGACACCCCCUGUGCUCCAGCUCUGUUGCAGCGACCACCACCCUCAUACCUUGCCAAUGUCCAAAUGCCUGCCGCCCCCUUACUGCGCUCUGCAUCUCUAUCGCUCUCCUGGUGCGUCAAAGGUUUCCCUGUUCUGUUCCACCACCUCAGUUCCUCUGGCUGGAGCAAGGCUGCUUCUACACUGUGCGAUAUGGCUCCUCUUUAAGGCUCCUCAUGGCUCUGCCUGUGCCUUCAGGAGCAGAGGGAUGCAGUAAAGUCUAGUAGAUAUUACAACUUCAACCAGCGAGGUUCUCUGCAAGGAGGUUGUGUUGGAAAUUGUAAGUUUGUUUUUUUGUGAUUUACAUUGAGUUUAUUUAAUGUGCUCCAGUUUAUUAACAGAACAUGUAAUAUACUAAGCCUGUGGAAUCUUGCUUGCGUGGAAAGCAUUGUUGUAUCUUGCACUUCCCUUGUUUUACAGACUAAUUUGAAAUAUGCCAUUCCGUAAAAUGUGUUUGCUGUUCUUAUAGUUACAUACAAAUAAGCCAUUCCUGUGUAAUAUAUAGUCGCUGUCAUAUCAAAACCUUUGAUAUUAAAACUCUUUUUUCAGGUUUUUUUUUGCAUCAUUGGAAAAUGCCAGCUUCUACUCACAUUGCGUGAACAUUUCAUUUUAAAUGAACCAAUAGAAAUGGUCCAGAAUUACAUUACUGAUGUUAAAGUUAAGAACAUGUUUUGCUUCUCCAUUUCUGAGAUAGAUAUAACAUUUUGGUAUGACAGUGACAAUAUCUAAUCUAGUGCUAAGGAUUAGCAGUUGCCUAAUUGAAAAGAAAGGGAAACAAACAAAAAAAAUCAUGUGUUCUGUGCUCCUUCCUUGUUGAAUAUUGGCUUGGUGAAUCAGCUGCAUUCUCAUGAUCAUCAGACGCUAACCAAAGACAGUUUAGCUCAAACAUGCUGUCCUACAGACUUACUGAAAAAAAAAAAGAUUUGAUCACUCUUGUUCCAAAGAGCAGCAAAAUCUGUCAGUUUGUUAUUGUGAGAACAAAGUGAUAUAAAACAGUGUUCAGAGUGUUUAAUUACCCUCAAGAAAAGUUGUGUUUGUAGAAAGUAGAACUUUACUUUCAUUAUUGUAUAUUAUUGUCCAUGGGUGGUUAGUUGUCUGCGUGCUUUUUGCACUAGCCUUGUUUCAGACUCUCCUGAAAUUCCAGCCCUGUAGCAAAGAAAAGCACACAGGAAAGUCUGUCAGAGUUGUUUUUUUUGUCUUACAUACAUGCCACCCCUCUAGUUCAAAACUGGAUCCAAAGGAAAGCUGUGCAAAAAGCAAAUUUAAAAGAGAGCGGAAUGAAUUUGUUUGGCGAUAGGAUUCAGCUUACGGUAUUACAUAAUGGUAGCAUCAUUUGUAAACUAUGUAUUCAUAUGUAUACAUAAAUAGGUGUAUAUGCAUCACAAAAGUGUUUAUUUUAAUCAAUCUUUGUCGUAAAUUUUGGGCAAGAUGUUCAGAAAGUCUGUUCAGUUUUGUAUAUUUCUUAUGUCUUAGUUUGUGACACCAUGCAAGAAAACUGAAUUACAUUAAACCCAAGUAGUUGCACAAAAACUACUAUCUGAAUAUCGUCGCUGUCGGAUCAAAUUCUUGUAACUUUUUUUUUGGUCCAAAAUAACUUCCUAAAAAUAUUAGUACUUAUAAAUUAACUUACAUUAAAGGUUAAGAAUGUGUUUUUUUUCUGUUCCUCUCAAAAGUCACCAUUCUGAAGAUACAAGAUUUUUGUUCUAACAGCGACAAUAUAGUGUUUAUACUGUUUAAUGAUCUAACUGACAGUGGUGAUGGUAGAUGUGAUAUGUUAGGUAGAUGGAUAGAUGAAGUGUUGACUUAUAUUACUGGGAGGCCGUCUAGUGUAGUGUAGGAAGAAAGGAAUGAGAGUACAGAGAGAAAGGUGGUGAAAUGAUUGGGAGCUCACAUAAGGGCAGGUAUGAGAUGUUUGGCUCAGUGACAUUCAGUUUGAUUUACCACGUUCGGCAGCUCUAAAGGCACAGUUCAGUUAAACAGUGCACUUCGUUAUGCCCUAUGUAUACAUUGGACAGUGUUGGUCUUCUCUAAGCAACAAAACGGAGCUAUUGAUCAUAAACAGCUAGUGAUAAACAAAGGUCACGUGAAAUGUGUCCAGAAAGAACAAAAACGCUGCUGUCUCUGAUACCAAGUCUGUAGGAAAAGUCCAGCUUUGAAUUUCUUAAGAAUUGAUCAACAUUCGGUCUUCAGCUGUUUGACCUGAUAUAUUGUUUUACCAUAAACAUUGUAGUUAUAGUUCCUCUACAUCUGAAGUUUACCUUCUGCUAAUAUGACACUGAAACACACCAGCCUACCAUAAAUCAGAGCAGCAAUGAAAAUAAAACACUGUUAUUGUCUUUAGAUGGUUCUGCUAUAUGCUUUACUGAAUAAUUAUAAACCAAUAUAAAAGAGCUGAAUUGAACUGUAUUGUAAUGGUUAAAAAGACCCUAAAUCAAAACCAUAAUUAAUCUUAAACCCAUGUUACAUGUUACUGCUUAUAAGAUAAAACAUUAUGUUUUUGUUUGUUUAUAAUCUUCUGUUGCUUAAACCAAUGAAACUAAGAGCUGUCAGUAAUCCGUCUGUGUUCUAUAAAAAGCUUUGCUUUCAACUGAGGUGGCAAUCGUUAUUUGUAAUAACUGCUUUAAUGAAUGUUACCAUGUGACAUUAAAAGUCUUAACUAUUUUGAUUAUUUAUCUCAAAGAUUAAUGUCUGUGUAUUUUAGUAUAUUGAAAUGUAAUAAAAAUUUCCUAUUGUGACAUUUAA